AACAAUCGCAGCACGGACGCUACCGAAAUGCGAUCACGGACGAUUGAAAACGCCCUCCAGUCUUUGAAGAGAUCAGUUCAGCCCAAGUCUAAAGGAAAGCGCAAGCUGAACGCGACUGAGGAAACGCUUGGGCGCGUUACUUCAUACCUUAACGGCUCUGCUCUUUCCCUGGAUGCUGAGGGCAAGCUGUCGGAGGUGUUCCGGAAGCAGCUGCCAGUGCUGUACGCUGCAUCCCCACGUAAUGCUCUGGAGUUCGCGUCCACUCUCUGCAAAACGAUCUAUGAAGAAAAGAUUAUCAAGGCUCUUACUGCAGGAAAGAGUGAAGAGAGAUCACGCUGGGAAGGCGUGCUCAAUGCUGUGCUAUCUGGUGUUUUGGACCAUCAAGAUGAGCAUCAAGAUGGAAGCUUCAAGGAGAUUAUUGGUUCCACCCUAUAUCCCAUCCUCUGCUCGGUAUUCUCUUCCAGUUCGAUCUCUCAAAUGGGUCCUGAUCUGAGAUGCACGGGAUAUUCCGUUCUCUCUGAAUCCGCUGAUGGACACAGAGCAAAUCAGAAACAGUCAAGCUCGGCUCUAUGCUCUGGAGAACAAAAGGUAUGGGAUGAACAGAGUCGUCUGUCCAGAAGCUCAUUUUCUCUCCAAGAUUAUCUCGCCAUGGAAAGCAUCCUCAACUUGUUUGCACGCAUGAUACCCCCUUCCGGCUCGACGGCGUCUGGUCGCGCGCAGCGGAGAGCCUUCAUUCGAUCCGUCUUCACUGACUCUAACCCGGACGACCCGAAGACGGGUGAAGAGUUGGCCCACAUGGUCGAGCAUGUAUCUACACCCGACUGGGAGCAGACUGCAACCCGCAUCAUCGAGACCUUGGCCGCUUCCAACAUUGGGUAUCCUCAGCCAUUCAGCAUCAGCGAGGUUGUUACUGGAGAAGCCAAGCCGUCGGACCGCAUCUUCGUGGAUGAGCAGGGAUUCUUGGCCAAUGUGCUGGUCGAGGACGACCUCUUCGACUCGCUCACUGCCCCUUACUCGACCGUCAAAGCAGUUGAGAUAUCCCAACGGCCUAGUGCGAAACGAGUGCCUGGGCAGCUAGCGACUGCCCGUACUGUUAUUACGCUCUCAACGCCCGCAAAGCUGGGGCAGAAGCCGAUCGGCAUACUCUCGCCAGAGUUGUCGCCUCAACUUAUGUUCACGCUCGGUAUGGACGAUGUUGAGCGCUUCCGGACAGCUCUCAAUAGCCGUGGAAUCGGACACGUUGUCAACGUUAACAUGUCCGUUAAGCAAUCUAUCUCGGUGUUUCCCGCGACUCUCGAGAUGGACUUCGCGGGGAACCUGAUAGACAGAGACGAGGUGGAACAUAGGGCUGAGAAUCUGUCUCAACUUUACGGAACGAACGACCUCAGCGACGAUCAAGACGAAACUAAGAACGAGCGGUUCGCAAAUACUAUACCUGAGGAAAUUCCCUGUAUCGAUCCAGCAUUGCUAACAAUCCGACCCCCGGGAACCGACUGCUCAUCUACUGUUACCCAGACUGGGAAUUCCUCUGCUAAUGCUUCUAUUUCUGCUGGCCUUUCUACUGCUGUAUCCGGACCCGGACUUCCUCCCACGUCGCCCACUGUCAAGCCAGCUAUUGCUUCUAGAUGCACUCCUAUUUCUGCUUGCUCUGCAGCUUUGGCACCUCCUAUGACUCCCGUUAGACGUACUGCCAGCCAAGCCCUUCGCGAAAAUGUCUUUGGGGCCAGUGACGACGAGCUUUCUCCUACCGAGUCCCCCCCUGGUCCGCCGAAAAUCUCCCGGAAGCCAGCCUCGAAGCUUGCAUCUCAAUCCGCACCACAAAAGACCUCCACCGUCGCCAGGAUCGCUCGGGGAAGACGAGUGCUUGACUCCGAUGACGAAAUGCCUGUCUCUACGCCGACUAAGCUGCCGCCGAAGAGCACCAAAAAGGCUGUGCCUAUCUCCGACGACGAAAUAGAAGAUGUCUUGCAUGCCACUAGGUCUCUUGUCUCUCGCCGCCGUUCGGCCCUGCCCAUGACUCCGGUGACACCUGCGAAACUUUUGUCUUCUCGCCGGCAGUCUGUCGUGUCUAAGGCCGCCUCGAUUAUGAAACAAUCAGACCCUGCUUCUGGAAAGCUCGCUGUUCCUGCUGCUGUCGCUGGUUCCAAGAAUCGUCCCGCCCGGAAGAAGACUCCUGUCUGCAUUGAUGUUGACCUUGAUCCCACUGAUGAUGAGCUCACUGUCCUGAAAACCAAACCUGUUGCUGCCGACCCGGUUAUUCUCGAUGGCCUUGACAAGACUAAGGAUACGCUCGAAUUGGACAGCGGCAAAAAUAAUAAACGAGUGCGAAUGAGCUCACCGCUAGUGCAGCCCGUGAAGAAGUCCAUCAAGGCUUCCCUGCGCAAGAAGGGCCAGCCUUUGCUCGAUCCUGCACAGGAGCGAGUGAACACGGAGAAGACCAAGAGGAAGAGGACCGCCGAAGAUGAAUCUACCGACAGGAACCCCGAAGCCACCGCUUCCAAGAAGAUAAGGCUUAGUCGUACGGAGAAGGCCUCCGCUACUCCGCCUGCCGCCGGACCCCAGGAUGACAACUUUGUCUUCAAGCCCGACAGUGCCAAGGCGAAGAAGCAGUAUCGCGCAAAGAAGGUCCGAACUAGCUCUCCUGCUCACACCGCCGUAGACUUCGACACGAUACCGGAUCCGACUGCAUCUGUGACCAAGUCGAAUAAGACCACCGCCUCCAAGGCGUCAAAGAAGGGAGCCGGGGAGCCCACGGCGAACGUUUCGGCUGCGGCCAAGGUCCCUGGUUUGGGCGCGACCGAGCCCAAAGCGGAGGCAAAUACCCUGCAAGAGAUGCAUGUCAAAGCUGAGGUCGGCGGAGCGCCUCCGCCAGACACUGCGAAGGUUGAGAAGGCCAAGUCGAAACGCAAGCCCGCACCUAAGAAGGCUAAAGAGGCGAAGCCUGUGCUUGAAGUUGACGUCAAGGAGAAAGGCAAAGAAGAGUCGCCCAAGAAAGACGUUGCAAUCCUGAAUAUCGAGCCAGAUGUGCGCAAAGCCGGAGAGGAACAUAUCUCGCCUACGAAGAAGUCAAAGAAAGCUCCUUGGGAAAGUCUCCACGUAGAGCAGGUCAAAGCUGCUCCGGUAUCCAUUCCUGCUCCGGUAGACCCGCCUGUCCUUACACCACCCGUUGUGGACCAGGUGGACUCUAUCCUCAAUGCAACGGAAGCUCAGCCUGCAGUAGAGCUCGACGAUUUCAAUGCAGAAGUCGCCGUCAUGACUUCGACUCCCCCAAAGAAAAUUCGCGCGAACGUCGGGACGGUGCCUGUGGGUCCGGUACAAAAGCUUAAGCAACACUUACAGAAGAUUGAUGAUGGGUUGGAAUUGGCGUAUGAAUCUCCAAUGAAAUUCGCUACACCAAGCCCUCUGCCCAUUAAUCCUGACAUGCGUAACGAUGCUCCCAGAAAGACAAACCACGAGGUGCUCCUGGCAGCCCAAGCAAGAGCGACCGUUACCUUCGAGGAGCCUGAAACUUCUGUGAAGAAAGUCAUUUCUCCUAUCAUGAAGCCGCAGGCCAGCGCUCUCAGGCCAGCACUAAGGGACAAGAAGCUUGAGUUUGCACCAUCCUCGAAGCCGAUACCAGCCAAGUUUGACAGGACCAAAGACUCCCCCCGACACAAGAGACCAGAGCCCACCGGAGUAGUGGAUGAAAUUGCUGCCGUCUUGCAAGAUAUUCAAGAGGCUGGUUCCCUUCCCGUUCACUGUAGGGAGGCCUGCUCACGCAUUGUGCUAUAG